ACGUCACCAGCCUCAUCUACCUAGCCGGCUACUCGCUCAGUCUAGCCGUGCUCACACUCGCUGUGUUUGUUUUCCUUUAUUUCAAAGAUCUACGAUGUCUUCGGAACACAAUACAUACUAAUUUGAUGACCACGUACAUACUGUCAGCGUGUAGUUGGAUGUUGAACUUAGCGUUACAAAAUUGGUCAGAAGAAGCCAACCAGGAUCAAACUUCAUGCAUGAUUCUAGUCAUAUGCAUGCACUAUUUCUAUCUCACGAAUUUCUUUUGGAUGUUAGUGGAAGGUCUGUACCUAUACAUGCUAGUUGUAGAAACAUUCACUGCUGAGAACAUCAAACUUAAAGUCUACACCACAAUUGGAUGGGGUGCUCCUGCCAUAUUCAUCACAAUAUGGGUCAUUUGCCGAUGUUUCGUCUCAGAAAUGCCCACAACCGAUCAAGACGGGGUGGCAAUAACGGGCGCUGCCAAAAUGUGCCAGUGGAUACACGAGCAUCAAGUGGAUUGGAUUCACAAGGCGCCGGCGCUCGUGGGGCUCGCACUCAACCUAUUUUUCCUUAUAAGGAUCAUGUGGGUUCUCAUAACGAAGCUCCGUUCAGCGAAUACUCUAGAAACGGAGCAGUACAGGAAAGCGACGAAAGCGCUGCUGGUGCUCAUCCCACUGCUGGGCAUCACCAACCUGCUAGUUUUGUGUGGGCCCAGUGAUGACUCCUGGUUUGCGCACGCCUUCGACUACGUGCGCGCCUUGAUGCUCUCCACGCAGGGCUUCACAGUGGCCCUGUUCUACUGCUUCAUGAACACUGAAGUACGCCACGCCAUACGCUACCACGUGGAGAGGUGGAAGACUGGGCGCAACAUCGGCGGCGGCCGGCGGAGAGGGGCUUCCUACUCCAAGGACUGGUCUCCAAGGUCCAGGACUGAGAGCAUCCGGUUGUACAGCCACCCGUCGAAGCGGGAGUCGGCGGCUUCAGAGACGACUACCACGACGCUGCUAGUGCCACGGAUGUCACUUGCGCCUCACCACGAUGGCAGACAUCUGCAUGCUGAUUACAUAACAAGUGGGAGUGCUAGCGGGGAUCAGUCACCGGUGUGAGGAGGGGGGCGGGGGAGGCUCUCGCGCCUGCGCACUCUGCCCGAGGAGGACGCCCCUCCCGCCUCUCCCGCCUUCGCCACCCCGCACCCCACCGCUAUGACAGCUUCACACUCAUCCAGCUCGCAAGCAACGACGACUUCCGGAAACUCCAAGUGCAACUCCCAAGACCACCUACAAACGUUCGAAAACACAAACUGUCAAAUUGAAAAUGUCAAAAAUGACAGCUGUCACAAAGGCGCACACUCACCGAACUGUGAUAAUAAUAAAGGGAUUGUCACUUACUUCACUUUCCACGAUAACGCCACUGUUGUUUCUACCUCAAACUGCAAUGAUCUCAUCACAAAUGAAAAGUUUCCCGUCUCUCCUAACGGUCCUCUGAAGAGGCUUGAUCAUAAGUAACGCUGUAAAUAUUCUAAUAUUCUAAUAACAGUUCACAUUGACUUGCGAUAUUGACUUCGAUUGUUGUCGCCAAAUUUUGUAUAAAAUACAAAAAAAACAAUUUGUAGAUGACUAGCCCAACUACCAUUCAUCACUACUUAAACCAAAUAACGGACAGACAGACAGACGAAAAUUUUACUGAUUGCAUUUUUGCAUCAGUAUCAAUCACUAAUCACCCCCCUAAUAGUUAUUUUGGAAAUGUAUUUCAUGUACAGAAUUGACCUCUCUACAGAUUUAUUAUAAGAAUAGAAGAUAGAUAGAGAGAAAAUAAGGUUAUUUCGAAACUCACACAUAUAAACCUCGUUACAGAAUAGCGCUACUGGACCUUUAUUCUGCGCAAGCGAGGAUUAAUUCAUUAGAUCAAAAUAAAGCGGUAUCUGCGGUUUCACCCGCAUAGAUCCCGUAUCUGUGGCUAGAUAUCGCAAGUCAAUGUGUCUAUUAAUUUUGCUGUAAAUAACUUAUGAUAUUUUUUGUAUAUAUAGUUAUUUAUAGGACAGAGGGCUAUAAUAGGGAAGGUCUGAGUAUUUUACUCUUUACUACAUACAAAUUAAACAUUAAAAACCUCACGACUGAACCGUUUUGUAUAUGCUCUACUUGCAGAUCACAUGUUCAAAUCACAUUAUCUUAUUUUUCAUUUCAACACAACAUGUUUUUUUAAUUAAUAAUAUAUUUAAACAGUAACCUUUCAAUGACUUAAGGUUAAGGAUGUUUAAUAUUAAUUGAUUAUGAAAAUUUCCCUGUACAGGGCGUUGCGAAGUAUUUCCCAUAACUUCAAGAUGUUGCCGAGUCCACUUAUAAGAACCGAACUGCAUAACUUAUAUUUAUUUAACUAAAAAAUAAAUAAACUUUUAAUGUUCUCAUACUAAGUAAUUCAAAUAAUUCCGACUGUCUAUAUAACACACGCCUUUAUCUAUCCUUGCUACAUUUGGCUACGUCAUUAUUAUAAGGAUGCGUAUAUUUUAAGAUCUAUUUGCAAAAUACUCCGAAAAUAUUCAUUAUAGAACCCAUGUUCUUUGAACAUUUUAAAUUAAUUUUUGUUAAAGAAUAUUGAGGUAUGGGAAAUACUCCCGAGCACCCUGUAUAUAUAUCUAUCUGCCGUAGUAGUUGUAGCUGCUGUGUUUUUGUGUACAGUACGGCUAUUCUGUAACGAUGUGUAACGAUGAACGAUGACGAAUGUGUUUUAACUCGCAAGUGCAAGUUUCGAAUUCACCUCAGGGUUCCCAACUUAGGGGAUUUCCCCCCAGAUUUAGGGGGCAAAUGAGUAAAAUGGGAUUUUUUUAGGGGUCUGAAAUUUUUAGGAAUAUUUUCAGGGAUUUUUUGACUCUUUAAUAUUUUUAAAUAGCGACUUACAACGACAUAUAAUACGUUAUUCUACAACCAUUCUGAGGCAACUGGCGACAAUUUUCAUCGAAUAAAAAAAAAUUGGUAAAAUUGUCAACAUGUAUGAUUUCAAAAAUCUGAAUCUUCAGAUAAAGACGUAGUAUUCUGUCUGUAUUAAAUAUAUACAUUUGAAACAGCAUAUUAUUUCUAAAUUAUUAUAAAUUUAUAUUUUUUUAGGGGGACAACUCAAUCAUUAAGGCAAUGUUAGGAGUUUUUGACACAAACUUUAGGGAUAAAUAUUUUGGAGAGUUGGUAACACUGAUUCACCUCUAUCUUUCUCAUUCUAUAGUAUUGUGUUAGACAGAGAGAAAAAGAUGAAUUUGAAACUCCCACUAGCGAGUAUAAGUGGUGUAUACAUUCACUUCAUUACAGAAUAGCCCAGCUGCAACUAAAACAAAUACAUUGAACGGUAAUUCAUACCAAUAUAAAUAAUAUUGAGUAUGUACCCAAGACCUUAACGUCACGUUACGUUACGUUAUUGUUUCUCAAAACAUUAUUUUAAUUUUAAAAAUACAAACAUUCUUUUUUUUUUGUUAAAGGCAUUGGGCAAAUUUCUGGAGUCUUAACCCAAUGCGGCCACUGAUUAAACCUUUUUUGAAAAAGAAUUGUUUGACUGUUAAAACCUUGUAAAAUAUUAUUUCUGUCCAAUGAUAAACCUUUGUUGAUUUUCAUAACUGGAGGUAGGUAAGAACUUUUUUUAUAUAUGUGUGAGUAAAUAAACAUAAUACAGACGAAUGUCCAUUUUAUAAAGGUUGAUAUCAUGACUUGGGCAAAUUUGCCCAAUAACCUUUUACUACCUUUUACUUGUAUAAAGAGCAAAUAUACUGCCACAGAAGACUACGACUUCUAAAAAAACAACCUGUAUAUUUAUUGUAAUAUACUUUAAAUUAUAAUAUUAAUUUAUUACAAUGUCUGAAUGUUUCAGCAUUUCCACUUAAAGUUAUUAAAUAGGUAUAAAUUAAUAACAUACAUUCUAAUUUCUACGAUAAAUGGUAAGUAAAGUAAAUGUGUACAUAAUUAUAAAGAAAAAAUCAUCUGUAAUAUAUUUUAAUAUUCCACACAAUGUAAAUACUAACCUACUAUUGUAUUAAAACAGAUUUUAUGAAUGAUUAUUCCGAUUUUUAUAUCGCUUACAGGAAAUCCCUUUAUUUCUCAGAAUGUUCUAUACAGUAAAACCUUCUUAUUCCCUAAAUAAAUAUGCCGUGUCUACACACACCGCUAAUAUGGAUUACUCAAAAAAUAAAACACUAAACCAGUGAAAAAAGCUUUUAUCGUUACCAGUUAUUUUACAACGAACAUGAAAAACUGACAGUCACGGUAUGUAAGGUAAGCAAGUAGUGAAUUUAUAGCUUGGCAAAGUACAUUGAUUGCACUCCCAUGAUAUGCGGGCGACGGGGGUCGAAGGACUACGCGGGUGUGAAGUCGUGUAUACGGGGCAUAGACUAUUAUAAUAUAAUGUUAUGUUAUUUGGGAUAUUCAGAUAUAUCUGAAGACUAAUCUGUAAUGUAAUAAGUUACUCAUAUGUGUAGCGGUGAACUUUUUGCUGUCAUUGCUACCCGCCUCCCGGCCCCCGCGGACCAUCGGGAGUGUUAUAAACGUAUUUGCCAAGCUAUAGAUAAUGGUGGCUUAAUUUAAUUAAUUUAAUAAGGUUAAUUUAAAAUUAAAUUAGCUGCUGGCUCCCAAAGCCAACACGGCCAAAUGCAAGUUGCUUACCGUAGAUACGUGCAGGAGCUUACAUGAAACCGCCAAAUUAAAAAUAACGAAACUUUUAACCACAAGUAGAGUUGGUCACAACUACCGAAUAGUGUAAACGCAAAAUAAGCAGCUUUGACUGUAUAGUACUAUAAUAUAUAUAUAUCUUAUACGUAUAUUACGAAUAAGUAUAGCGAAAGGCUAGCUUAUAUGUGUCUAUAUAUUAAGUACUUAUAAUUGAUAUAUGUAAAUAUAUAAAUGUUGCCAAAGUUUUGUUAUAUUUGUAUCACUAAAUAUUUUAAUUAUAUUUGAUAAAAAAGUUAAGAUAUUGAUAUACAUAUAAUUAGGUGAAAUUGGGAAACAAAGCGCUAAUGUAUAGUAAAAAUUUAGCAUAUCGUAAUUUUACAAAUUUUCAUUUGGUUAAUGAGCUAACGAAUAAAUACAAUAUUAAAUUAUAUUUCUGUAAUGUACUGAGUGAGGUAGUAAGUCAUAUUUGCUGUUUACCUAAUUAUAAUGCAUUUUUAAUAAAUACCUAUUCCUAAAAAUUGUAUGGAUAAGAAGAUAUUUUUAAAAAGUCUAUUCACUGAACCGCUGGGAUAUUCGCUAACUCGGUGUCUUUCGGGGGAUGAAGACAUCCAAGCCUGUUCGACAUUAUUACUGGUUUCACCAGCGUAGUUACCGUUCCCGUGAGAAUAUAGUGAGAAAAUAUAACCUUGCUUGCUUUGCUUGAUAAAUGGGCUAUCUAACACUGAAAGAAUGGAGAUGUCCCAAAAUGGGCUUAUGAAUUAUAAAAUUCAUAAGCAGGACGAUAGUAUUUUUACGGAUAGAAGAUACAAAUUUCUGUUCAGAAAAUAGUUUUCAGAAUUUUUGGAACCCGCAAUAAUUAGACAAAUAUUUUUUUUUUGUUUUUCUCCCUUGUCUACAAAUUAAACAUAGACAAUACAGAAGUGUUCAAAACAGCCAAUAAUGAAUACGCAUCUUCUAGGGAAGCUCGCUCUAACUAAACCCCAAUUACUGCUUUUUAUGAGUCACGAGCAUGUUUUUUUUUUCAUAAAUAAAUAAUACAGAGUAAAACAUAUCGCAUAUCUACGAAAUUCUAUUAGAUACAAACGAGUUUGAUGGCUUUCAUACACUGAAAACAACCGAGUUAGUGAAUGCUUAUCCUAAAUUUUGUAUAUAACUAGUCAAGAUGAUUUCAAUUUAAAAUAAAAUUAUCAAAUUCAUGAUUCGCUAAACAGACUUUAAACAUAAAAUCACAUAAGAUUCGCUAAACAGACUUUAAACAUAAUGUCACAUAAUCCCUAGGUUAAGAAAAACGAAAUGGAAAAUUAAAAAGUAACAAAUUUUACAAUGCGAAAGAUUUGCGAAUAUCUGUCAUUAAGUUUUAAUAUUGGUGUAACUUCAUGUAAAAACUCAUUGUGAAUUUCUACAUAAUUGUACUACAUAAAGUAAAGAUUAUAUAAUAUUAUAUGUAUACGUAAUAACAUAAUAUAUUAAAGUUAUAUAAAUAUAAAUUCAUCUGUACCCAGUGGCUCGUAAAUGCUCCUAAAUGUACGUAAUAAAUGUUUAUAUCUUUAAUAAAAUAUCUGAAAAUUU